CUCAGCCCGGAAUGGCUGUGAGUUUGUGCUCUUCUCAGUGGGGGAUUGGAGAAGGUUUUGGCUGUAAUUAGCAGUCGGAGAAAAAUCCUGCUAAAUAAAAGUGUCUCACCUCUGUCCCCCCUAAGUUAUCCCAGUUUGUCCCAGCUUGGAGCUGCGCAGAAGUCAGGCAGGGGAAAUGACCUCAGGGAUACAGCUGUCAGUUCCAAGGCAGCGAGAGAAGAUGUAGCAGCCAAGGGCAGGGGAGGGGAAAGGUUUCAGAAAGCAUUUCUGUGGUGUAAUGAAUGCCAAUUUCUGCUUGCCCAGGGAGAAGAGGACGAACUCCCAGCCAUUCAGGCCUGACAGUCCCCUGCAGCGAGGGCAUACACUGGAAGAGUUCAGGGUCGAAGACAAGGCUGAGGGAAAAUCCAGGUUACCUCAAAAUUCCCGGAUCCAGAACAGCUACUCUGAGUUUUGGUAGAGAUUCCAAAGCGGGAUACAGUAGAUUUCAAAGUACACCUUGGAAAAUCAAUCGUUUGUCUGCAGCAUGCAGCAUGACUCGGAUGAGAGAGAGAGAGAGAGAGAGAGGGAGGAACUCUCUUCACAUCAGCGUCAAAGGAAAAAGUGUUCAGCGACUUACAGUCCAGGGCAGCGUCUUAGCCCAGGUCUCGGGGGCUGUGCGGAGGUUGCUCCCUGGAGCAGGGUCCCCCCGUGAGGAGGAGCCAGAGAUUGGGUCACUGGAGCAGUCUCUGGGGUUUGCCACCCUCGGUGCCACGGGACCGAGCUGUGCGAAGGCUCGAUCCCGUCGGUCCAAAGUCCUGGGCAGCGUUUCCAGCAGCAGGGGCUGGAGGCAUCGGGGGCUGCCUUUGGAGCCUUGUUCUCCCCUUGGCUUUUACAGAGGGUGCCAGACUCUGCCCUUAAGGAUCCAGUGUUGCUUUUGGACGUUGAUCCUGCAGCUGGACAGGCGGUGCAGUGAGGAGCAAGUUGCUGGCUUACGUGAUUUCUGAGUGACCUGUCACAGAAACGGGCAUCUGUGUGUGCAGGUGCUUCCUGGCAAAUCCAGAUGUGACGUGGAAAUCCUAAGGGAGGAGUUCCAGCCUUGACCACGCGUGACACAGGCUUGUGGAAAUGGAAAUGGCCUUGGCAGAAGAGCAGCUGUGAGGUGAAGCAGGACUGCAAUACAGGUAAGCAGAAGAACCAGGUGAGGUGUUACUUGUUGGUCCUGCGUGCACCUCGUGCCUCUGCCUGCUGCCAACACUUGGUGCUGCAGCUCCACAGAGCCCAUUUCAGUGUUUGUUGGGUUUGAUUUUUGCGGUCAGUUCCUGUA